UUAUACAAAAUGAACUUGAAAGUUUUAGCACCAGCUGUAAGAGGAUUCAGAAGGAAAUCAAUUACUCGGGGAGAGAUCCAGACCAGCUUUAAGACUAAUAAAUUUUACUUCAAAGGAAAUGAGGAUAAAUAAAAAACACGAAAUGAUGGUUCGCAUGGCUGACUCUUUUGCUGGUCAAACAACUCCUCUCUAUCACUGAAAAUUGGAUUAUAAAUAAGAACAAAAACUCCCUGUUCAUGAGUCCAUACUUGAGAAUUGAGAAAAAGAAGCAUUCAAAAGAGUUUAAUAGAAUUCAGAGAAAGAUGACUGAGAUUACAAGAAAGAAUUCUCGAAGGAACUCUACCCUCUCAAAGACCACAUUUUGUGAUGAUAGCUUGAAGAAUAUUAGCGAUGUUCGAGGGAAAAGCAAACGGCUUGUGAAACUUCAGAAAAAUCUUCGAGAUACAAAAUUAAAGCGUGAAUUUUUCAACAGUAGCUUUAUAAGCUUAGAGACUGAGAAACCUCUGAUUGACAAUGAGAAGAUUGUUAUUAAAAGGAAUUCAAGCCUAGGUAUCAGAGCUUGUAAGUCUAGAGAAAUAAAAGCACAAGAGGUAAAUAUUGUUCGUAACAUCCAGAAAUCAAAAUUUUUAUAUCCCAUGGAGAACAAGGAAAAAUUUUUAAUCUUUGAUGUUACACCAAUAGUCAAUAAAUAAAUAUAUAAGACAAAAACUUUCAAAAGAAAAAUCCGAAAAAUCUUGAAAACUUCCCAGAAAUCCCAAAAAUCCAACUAGGCUCAAAAUUGACUCUAAAAGGCUUAAAAAGUCUAUUUUCCGUCCUCAGCGCUGUCCAGAUAUUCAAACCUCCUUCUUCACCCUCCCCAAAAAUUACAUUCCUCGCCCAAGGCCCUUCAAAUCUCAGUCACGACCAAACCCCCCUUCUUCAACACAACUCUCCUCUCAGACCUCCUUCAGUAUAGCUUAUCAACUCCAAAACUUUGAUGAGUCUCAUUUCAGCAGAUCAACAAUCAUCCCAAAUUUAACUUCUAAAGAUCCAAUUUAC